AUGCGGGACUACGAGGAGGUGUCCGCCUUCCUGGGCGAAUGGGGCCGCUUCCAGCGCCUCGUCUUCUUCCUGCUCAGCGCCAGCAUCGUCCCCAACGGCUUCAACGGGAUGUCGGCCGUCUUCUUAGCCGGCACCCCCGCGCACCGGUGCGCCGUGCCCCGCGGAGCCAACCUGAGCGGCGAGUGGCUGAACGCCAGCAUCCCGCUGGAGCUGCGCGGCGGCCGGGAGGAGCCGAGCCGCUGCCGCCGCUACCGCCUGGCCGCGCUCGCCAACUUCUCGGCGCUGGGGCUGCGGCCCGGCUCCGACGUGGAGCUGGGAGAGCUGGAGCAGGAGCCGUGCCUGGACGGCUGGGAGUACAGCCGAGACGUCUACCGCUCCACCAUCGUCACCGAGUGGAACCUGGUGUGCGAGGAUGACUGGAAAGUGCCGCUGACGACGUCCCUGUUCUUCGUGGGCGUCCUCAUCGGCUCCUUCAUCUCAGGGCAGCUCUCGGACAGGUUUGGCAGGAAGAGCAUCCUGUUCUCCACGAUGGCCGUGCAGACGGGCUUCAGCUUCCUGCAGAUCUUCUCCACCAGCUGGGAGAUGUUCACGGUGCUCUUCCUCAUAGUGGGCAUGGGGCAGAUCUCUAACUACGUGGUGGCCUUCAUACUGGGCACAGAAAUUCUUGGCAAAUCAGUUCGUAUUAUAUUCUCUACGUUAGGAGUUUGCAUAUUUUUUGCAAUUGGCUACAUGUUGCUGCCACUGUUUGCUUACUUCAUCAGAGACUGGCGGAUGCUGCUGCUGGCGCUCACCGUCCCGGGGCUGUUCUGCGUCCCGCUCUGGUGGAUCAUUCCUGAAUCCCCUCGGUGGCUGAUCUCCCAGGGAAGAUAUAAAGAGGCAGAAGCUAUUAUCCGCAAGGCUGCAAAAAUAAAUGGCAUUCCAGCCCCGGCUGUGAUCUUCGACACCGUGGAGAUGCAGGAUUCGAAGCCUCAGCAGCAGCAGAAGGCUAUCCUUCUGGACCUAUUUCGAACCCGAAACAUUGCAACUAUUACUAUUAUGUCAUUACUUUUGUGGUUUUUCACAUCAGUUGGUUACUUUGGCCUCUCCCUUAACACUCCAAACCUGCACGGCAAUGUCUACAUCAACUGCUUCCUCCUGGCGGUUGUUGAAGUCCCAUCCUACGUGAUCGCCUGGCUUCUCCUUCGCUUCCUGCCUCGGCGCUACUCGAUAGCUGGCACCCUGUUUUUAGGAGGUGGCGUCGUCCUCUUCAUCCAGCUUGUUCCUACAGAUUACAGUGCCCUGUCUGUUGGCCUGGUGAUGCUCGGAAAAUUUGGCAUCACGUCUGCGUUUUCAAUGCUUUAUGUCUACAAUGUGGAGCUCUACCCGACGCUCGUCAGAAACAUGGCAGUCGGAGCUACGUCCACGGCUUCCAGGCUGGGCAGCAUCAUUGCUCCUUACUUCGUUUACCUGGGUGCCUACAACAGAGUCCUACCAUAUAUCCUCAUGGGAAGCCUGACUGUGCUGAUAGGGAUCCUUACCCUGUUCCUCCCAGAGAGCUACGGAAAUUCUCUGCCUGAGAGCUUUGAACAAAUGCUGAAGGUGAAAUGUUUCAGAAAUGGGCAACAAACCACUGGAGCUAGGAAUUCCAAGAAGAGCCCUGAAAUUCUGGUAACACCGAUGUGAAGACAGAUGCAUGCUCUCAUCGGGGCCGAAAGAAGAACAAGAUCCUCAAAAUGCCAUUUCCUGCCAGAGGAAAACAAAACCCGACAGUCAGUGCCGCCACACCAUAGUUAUUAUCCCCUGUGCUGCUGUAGCUAAAUACCUAGCUUACUGAACAGAUGCUGUCUGCUCCCAUAGGACUCUUAUUUUGUGAUUGUGUCCCGAUUCCCGGAGCCUGCCAGCAGGUCCGGUCCCUGCUGAAAAACAGAGGUCUGCGUGUACUACACGUGACUCGAGCAGCAGGAAGACAGCUAUGACCCUACUCGGUCACGUACUCAAUGCAAGCUGCUGAAAGGAAAAAAGAAGGUAGCAAAUGUAAUGCUGGUGGUUUUUCGUACUGUGUACGUUGUCUGGAUGAAGGGGAGCUGGGUGUCUGUCACUGAACAUCUCAGCACACGUAUCUAAAGGAAAGACCCCAGCCUCAUUUGAAACCUGUAACCAAAGCCUGAUAGUCUCGGUGGAAUCUGAGUUUAGUUGUAGUAAAGCACACGUAGACGUCACUGAAAUAACAUGUUUUUUAAACAAGACAGCGUAGCUUUGGAUAUAUUUUUCCCAGGACCCCUUUUGAUCCACUUGUCCCUGUAGAAGUUGAUGUUUUUUUUGUAAAGCCUAAGCCUGCUGAAAUCACUGGGCUUCACGAAUGUUCCGUGGAAGGACCCUAGCUUGCUGACCUACUUCUGACGGGCUGUGCCCACUUUCAAAUGAAACACAGACUUUAGCAACCAAGUGAUCCUAUUCAAAUAUGCUCUGCAGUGUUAGCUUUGGGAGUUUUCUUGGUAUACUGACACAAGCAGCAUUCCUAAUCUUUCUGUAUUUUUUUCAAAGCAUUUCAUUUCUCCUUUGAAUAUACGCUACAUUGUGCUUUACCGUCAGAGAAAGCUCAUCUCAGUUUUUAAAGCCUCUGCAAAAACCUUUGUACCAUUUACAAAUUUAAAGCGGAUUUGAUGCUUGCAAAAAUCGGAUGUUCUGCACAGGAGCUGUUUACCUGCAGCUAUUAAGAACUCAGAUGAGCUGAUUUGGGACCAUAAUUUUUUUUUUUUUUCAAAACAGAGUGCCAACAAAGCCAGUAUUUUAUUUUUCAAAUCCUACGCGUUAUAUAUGCAUUUUUUAAAAGUUCAGCAAAGCUAGGUGAGAUGAAAAGUCACAUGUAGUAGAGCUUAGAUUUGUGCUACUACUGUUUUAUGAACACUACAUAGUUUGAAAAAAGUCUUAUUUAUUGGUUGUGCAUGGACUUGUUGGCCACAUAAAGUCUGUCAGCCUAGCCAGACUACCUAGAACAGGUAGACUGAUUUUUAUCAUUUAUAAAUAACUACCAGCCAUGAUUCACAUUCUGUAAAGGCCAAGAAAAGCAGCAUCUCAUCUCUUAAUGUGAGAAUUCAUGGCAAUUUGUCUUGUGCUGGCAUUUGGCAAAGAAGUGAGGACCUCCCUGUAAGUUCAAGCACAUAUGUAAAGCUUUAUAACAUUUAAAUGCGAGGAACUUGUGCAAUCAUUUCAAGCUGCUCUUUGGGAUGUGGAAAUUCUGCUUCCUUUAAUAUUAAUUUUCUGCAGUCAUGCUUUUGCCACAAAUGUAAUGUGGCAUAAGGCUAAUGACCCUAGAUGUUCUCAUCCCUUGUCAAACUGGAAUUUCUCUAAUGACAACAGUAUUUAAUCUUGUCUUUACUUAUUACAAAGUUAAUCUCUAGAAUAGCUGUUUAGACAUAACUAGAUUUCUGAACAAAACCUUUAUAUCAGCGUACGACAGCUUUGAGGACUUAGUUAAAUAUAGGUGGCUGUAUUUUUAUGAAGAUUUUUUUAUUAAGUUCAUACUUAUUUUAUGUGAUUGUAGGCUUAGGUAUUUCUAAAGGUAAAUAUUUUUAUAUUCUUAACCUUUGUAGUAUCUUAAACCUGAUUUUCAUUUUUUAAAUAAGAAAAAGGAUUGUGAUUUUUUGAAAUACCUUGUUUUAAUCAGUUUUAUUUUUCCUGUGUAUAUACUCAAAGCUAGUGUCACAGUUUAGUAUUGGCAGAUUUAAAAAAAAUCCUCUGUGAGUGGAAUGCACCUCUGACAAGAAUGUGAUGUUGUUAGAAGGACUUACUGUGUCAGAGCACAGUCAAAACGAGAAAAGGAGAUUGCUUCAGCUGAUGUAGUUAUUGAAUUUUUAAUUGUACAGCUGAAGAAAACAGCAUUGGUUUAGCAGCUGUUGGCAGGAAAUAAAUGUGUUGCUGGUGAGCAAUUUAAGACUUUCACUGCAAUCUUCAGCGAGUUUUCUGUGUCAGACACUCAGUGGGGCUCACCGUGAGACCUGCGUGCUCACGUGCAGUUGGGAGAUGCAUGUACGGCUCUGACCCGGAGACGGGAGGGAAGCACCACUGGAUCUCUCCCGUUGAUUGCACUGUGCCUCAGCUCUCUCCUCUGUCACAUUGACCUGGUUCUGUCUGUGUAACCUCUUAUCUUCUGUAAGAUCUGACAGGGGCUUAUGGGAUCUGUUAAAGCGUGUAUACAAAUGUGGUAGUUGUUGCUUGGUAACUGAUAACUUUAUUGUAAUAAAAAUGUGCACUGGCAUUGUGUAACCUACUAUCUCUGUGGUUUGUCAUUGAAGAACAAAGUCUCCUAAAUGUAA